AUGGCAGGCACUCGUGCGCUAGUUUUUGGGUCAGGCUUAAUGGUUCCUUGUUUAGUCCAAAACUUGUUGAGCCGAAAUUUUACUGUUUCAGUAGGUGGAAAUAUCCAAGAAGAGCUUGCCAGAAUUGCCCAAAAAUUCCAAAUCCCGACCCUUACAGUUGAUGUCACAAAUAUUGAACAAGUCGCAUCACUGCUCGAUGAGGUCGAUAUGGUGAUUUCAAUGGUCCCAGCCAAAUUCCAUCACUUUGUAGUGAAAGCCUGCAUCCAGAAGCGCAAAAAUAUGGUCACUGCUUCAUAUGUCAGCCCUGAAGUAAAAGCAUUGGAACAAGAAAUUAUUGACGCAGGGAUUGUUGUUCUCAAUGAAAUGGGACUGGACCCUGGCAUUGACCAUAUGAGUGUUAUGAGGAAAGUCAGAGAAAUCCAGCACGCUGGUGGACAGAUUGUGUUUUUCCAAUCAAGCUGUGGUGGGUUACCAGCUCCUGAGGCUUGCAACAAUAUUUUACAGUACAAAAUAUCUUGGGCACCUUAUGGAGCUUUAAUGGCUGUGCUAAGGCCUGCUAAGUAUUUAGAAAACAACCAAGUCAUAGAGAUUCAGCCACAAAAUCUUAUGUCAACAGCUCAGCCAUUAGAUUUGGAGUAUGAUUUACCUUUGGUAUAUUACCCCAAUGGCAACUCAAUUAACUAUGUGGACUUAUAUGGCUUGCAUAACGCUCACACAGUAAAAAGAUGCACAAUAAGAUAUAGGAAUUAUCCAACAAUAUGCAAAGGGUUCGUAGUAUUAGGAAUUUAUAAUGACGACAGCUUUGAUUUCGGGGAAAACUUAACGUGGAGAGAUUUAAUUAGCCAUUUAGCAGGAGAUGUUAAUGGAGAUGAAAACUUAUUAGGACAAAUCCCUGAUGAAAUGAAGCCAGUAGCUGUAAAAGUGGCAGGGAAAUUAAACAGCUUUGCAGCUGAUGAAGUUAAAUUGAUCAUUGAAGCCUUGGUAAAGCUUGAUAUGCUUAGCACAGCCCCAAUUAGAAACGCGAAAUCUAUAUUUGACGCAUUUGUGCAGCUUAUGCAAGAAAAAUGCAAGUAUGAGCCUGGAGAAGAAGAUUUAGUGAUUAUGGAGCAUAGGUAUAUUGCUCAGUAUAGUGAUAGAAAAGUGCUUUACAAAUCUAAACUUAUAGAGCGUGGAGUUGUUAGCGAGCUAAGCUGCAUGUCAAGAUUAGUUAGUCUGCCUGCUUCACUAGGUGCAUUUUGGCUAGCUACUCAUCAGCAUGCCCCAGGAUUGAUGUACCCAAUGGAAGAAGGAUUUUCAGAAGAAAUUUUGUCUAGUUUAGAAAGAGACUUUAAUGUCAAGUUUGAAGAAACUGAAGAGAUCAUUAACUAA